GGGCGUGCUGCAGACUGCCGCCGGUGCCAAGGCUUUCCUGCCUGACACACGGGCGGCUGCACUGACAGUGGCAACUCCAUGCUUUGGUUGUGUCUGGUGUUCUCACUGAGGAGGAAAAGAAAACGUUCCUGGAAUCGCUAGAUCUUUAAAGUGCCUCUGCUGAAACCAUGACCAGAUGGGCUAGAGUGACCACCUCGAAUAAUAAGAAACCCUUGUCUGCGACGUCAUGGGAAGACCUGAAGAAGGGAACCGCAGAGAGCGCAGACCAGAGCCUUCCAAAGCAUAGACAGCGUCAGUUCAGCAGGCUGCCCCUUAAGAAUGAUACCCCUCAAGCAAAGCAUAAGAAGAACAAAAAAAAAAAAGAGUACUUAAAUGAAGAUGUGAAUGGAUUCAUGGAAUACCUAAAACAGAACUCGCAGAGGCUUCACAAUGGAGAGUUGAUAGCAACAGACAGCCAGGAAGUACGGGAAGAAAUUGCAGUGGCCUUGAAGAAAGACAACCGACGGGAAGAAAGACGGUUAAAAAGACAAGCAGCAAAGAAAAACGCAAUGGUAUGUUUCCAUUGUAGAAGACCUGGGCAUGGAGUCGCCGAUUGCCCGGCUGCACUGGAAAAUCAGGACAUGGGCACUGGCAUUUGUUACCGCUGUGGGUCCACAGAGCACGAGAUUACGAAGUGCAGAGCUAGCAUAGACCCCGCUCUCGGUGAAUUUCCUUUUGCAAAAUGUUUUGUCUGUGGAGAAAUGGGGCACCUGUCCAGGUCCUGCCCUGAAAAUCCCAAAGGAGUCUAUGCUGAUGGUGGCAGCUGUGCACUCUGUGGCUCUGUGGGACAUUUUAAGAAAGAUUGUCCUGAAAAUCAGAAUUCAGAUCGGAUGGUCACAGUUGGUCGCUGGACACAGGGAAUGAGUGCAGACUAUGAAGAAGUUCUGGAUCUGCCCAAAGCACAGAAACCGAAAACUAAAGUACCCAAAGUUGUUCAUUUUUAAUAGGAGUUGACAUGUUGUUAAUUACCACCUCACUAUUACUUUCCAUAGAAGGCCUUUACAGGUUAGAGCCGGGUGCCUGUGGAAGCAAGCCUGUGUUAUCAACACCACUCUAACCUUUGUGGAAUUACAUUGCCUGUAUUCUGUCUAUCAAGGAACACAGGGUGAUUAAUUGUACUCUUUAGACGCGCAUGCCUGCUUAUGUGCUCAUGCGUAUUUGAAACAGAUUCUAUGUUUCUAUGUAGCCCAGCUUGGCUUCAAACUAGUAAUCCUGCCUCAGAACCCUGAGAGCUGAGAUUACAGGUAUGUGCCAAAGAACAUAAUUUAACACACAGAACUUAGACCUAACUGUACAUUUGACUGGGUCAUCUCUGUAAAUGUAAAUUAUGUAUCAAAAUUGAUCACCUGUAAACAAAACACACAGCUUCAAGUUUGUGACUAAGUACAAUUUUGUUAUCCUUAAUUCAGAGUAACUUAUUGUAAUAGAAAUUUAUAUGUUGUCACAAAAUGUGUAAUUUUUAGUAUGGAAUAAACUCUAUCAGCUGUUUACGUUGAA